AUGAAGAACAAUUCAAUCACUCUCUACCUCGUAUUUCUGGGUCUCACCUUGAUCGUCAAUGUUCAAGCGGCCAUAACGGGCCAACAAUACUGUAACAAGUACAUGUGCGUGACGGGUAAACAUGAUAAUGUGAAGAAUAUAGAUACAUAUACACUUGAACCUCCAAGCGGGACAAACAUCCCACAAAGUUCAUUUGGAUGGAUAGCGAUUGGUUUCGGCAGUACCAUGAUUAACAGUCCCAUGGUGAUAGUGUGGCCUAAUUCAGAUGGAUCCAUCACGCUCUCACAACGAAAAGCUACUAAUCACGUAACUCCCACCGUCGAUUCAAAUCCACCUCGAAAAGCAUCUUUGGACACUUCAUCAUCAUUCUCAGAUAAAACCACAACAUCAAUAACGUUUACACUCCCAUCAUCUUCUAAUACGAAUAGUACUUCAAUCAUUUGGGCAUAUGGUACUAAGAAUCCUGGAAGUUCAUCUUCUUCAUCAAGUUUUACCCAACAUUUAGCGAGUGGAAAUACUCAAUUAUCACUUUUGGCAACUCUGACAAAUAACAAUUCAAGCACAUCAACGAACGGUGGUUCCAAUUCCAGUUCCAAUUCAACUUCAAAUUCUAAUUCCGGUGCUGGAUCCGGUUCAGGAUCAGGUAUUAUUGGUGGUACGAACAAAAAAGUGUUGAUAGCACAUGUCGUUUGUGGAUCAUUAGCUACAAUGGCAAUUCUUCCUAUAGGUAUCCUAGUCCCUAGAAUCGCUAGAGCAUUCACUAUAGAUAGAUGGUGGUUCCCUCUCCAUGGAGCUUUGAAUGGGAUAAUCGCUUUUGGAUUGAUCACGGCUGCUUUCGCAAUUGCUGUUUCCAAGUUCGAAGGUGGUUUCAAUUCUACCCAUCGAAAACUCGGUUUGACUUUAUUCAUCUUAGCGUUAAUCCAGACUCUUCUAGGAAUAUUGACACAUUAUUGGCAACCUAAUCAUAAAUUUCAAACCUCAAGUGGAAGAGGUCCAUCAAAUUUCUUACAUAUAAUCUUAGGUUUAACAAUCGUAGGAAUCGGAUUUGGUACUGUAUGGAAAGGUAUUCAAGAAGAAUGGGGCCAAUAUUCAGGUUCUGGAAAUCCUAAUGUUGGUUGGAAAGUUGGAUGGGGUUUGAUCGUAGCUAUAACAGCAAUAGCAUAUAUCGGAGGAUUGUAUUUCCUUCCCAAACAACUGAAAUUGGAAAACGAGAGACGUCAAUGGGCAUCGAAUAUCGGUCAAGGGAAAUUACCUCCUUCGAACGGAUCAUUACCACCCCCUCCCCCUCCACCUAAUCGUCCUUCUCAUACAGCACAACAAACUCCACCCACUUCGCAAUAUUAUAAUCAGGCCAAUCCCACCGUGCAGCGUGUGACUCAGCCCCAAAGUCAAGUACUCCCAACACCACAAUCACAAUCACAAUCACAAUCACAAUCACAGCCAGAAACACGUUAUGUACCUCCUCCACCACCUACCCAUCCGAAAAGGAGAUUACCUCCUCCUUUUACAGGUGAAAGACCGACAAGCAGUGAAUAUGAAAUGUCACAUCGAUGA